AAAAAUUUUAUUUCUUCACUUAGUUUCGAAAAUUCAUAGCUUCAAAAUUUUCGAGUGAACACUCCAGAUCUUUUUGGUACUGAUCUCAACAUAGCUUUAUUGCAAUAUAUAUUCCAAAAUGAAUGGAAUUAUCUGCGAGGUUCCUGACGAAGUAGUGCUUGGAAUAGAUGCCAAUUGUUGCAUUUCUAACAUAGCCAGCAACUUUGGUUCCGUAACCAGAGCUCUCCAGCCAUACACAUGCGCUGGUUCAUUGGAGUGUUUUCCAAACUACAGCUGCUGUCCAUCUGCCCCCAUGUCACACUGUAAUGGAAUGCGAAAUUGUACUACAAUGCCUUUCAAAUCAGGUUUGGAUUCGUGUCGUAGGCCAAAGUUUUCCUAUGUCCCGCAAUGCAAUUAUGGGCCUCGGCCGCUACUACGCCGACCAAGCAGUUUAAAAUUUAAUGGAUUAGCUGAAUGUCAAACCGUCAAUACCAUGUCGUAUAUGCCACCAACGCCAUACACUUGUUAUCCAAUGAAUGGCAGAAAUCGAGCAAACUUCUAAACUAGAUGUUAAUUUAUUUUGGUUUAAAAGUAAUUAACAUAUAACUUGUGCAUGGCUAUCAAUAAACUGGAGUUUCCCUUCAUUA